AUGCCGCCAGGUCCACCGCCUGGACCUCCGCCUGGACCCCCGCCUGGACCCCCGCCAAGGCCCCCGCCAUCGGGCCCGCCCCCGUCGGUGCGCGCUGCAUCCGAGGCGCGGACGGUAGCCACGCCUGAGCAGAACCCUGUUCCAGUGGUACAAGAUGUGGCGCCCCGUGUGCAGGUCGAUGAGGCGUACGAGAUUGUGGCGCAGGUGGGCGAGGGCACAUAUGGGCAAGUUUACAAGGCAAGUGCUGAGCGAAGUGGCGCCCUGGUGGCGCUAAAAAAGAUCCGUAUGGAGACUGCGCGCGAGGGCUUCCCUGUGACGUCCAUGCGGGAAAUGAAGCUGCUUCAACUGCUGCGGCACGAGAAUGUGAUCCGCUUGCACGAGACAAUGACGAGCCGCACGGGCUCGGUGUAUAUGGUGUUUGAGUACAUGGAGCACGAUCUUAAUGGUAUUCUUGUGCACCCCCAAGUGCGGUUCACCGAUGCGCACCGGAAGUCACUUGUGGCGCACCUGCUGCGUGGUCUCGAGUACCUGCACCAACGCUCAGUCUUGCAUCGUGACUUGAAAGGCUCGAAUCUGCUGCUCAACAACGAUGGCAUACUGAAGCUGGCCGACUUCGGCCUGGCACGCACCUACGCAAAGCGGCAAGCGGGCGACUAUACCAACCGGGUAGUCACGCUGUGGUACCGUCCACCGGAGCUCCUGCUCGGCGCCACGCAGUAUGGCCCUGAGGUGGACGUGUGGGGCGCCGGCUGCCUUUUUGUGGAGCUGUUCACGCGCCAGGCGCUCUUCCAGGGCCGCGACGAGAUCCACCAGCUACACGAAAUCACCCGCGUCCUGGGCCCACUGACGCCGCAGGUGUGGCCGGAUGUGAUGGCGCUGCCAUGGUACGACCUUAUGCGCCUAGAGAAAGAGCAGAGUGAGACGCCGCUGCUGCGCGAGGAUGGCGCAACCGAUACCCCCGACGCAUUCGCGGCGCAGCUGCCGCAGAGCGCGCAUGCGCUGGUGCGUGGCCUGCUCGCGUACGACCCGCGGCAGCGAUGGAGCGCGACGCAGGCAUUAUCUGAUUCCUAUUUUACAGAGGCGCCCCCCGAGGAGCGGCCGGCCAGCGUACUCGCGAGCCUCGACGGCGAGUGGCACGAAAUGCAAUCGAAGCGUGCGCUGCGCCGCGCUAGAGCGGGCGCCACGUAG